AAACGUCGAUUUUCCUGCUCCUCGGAUGCUGCCUGACCUGCUGUGCUUUUCCAGCACCACUCUAAUCUAAAUGUUGCUUUCUCAACCUUAUUCCCACUAAACUACUGACCAGCCAACUUCUCUCCUGGCUCCAAAAUAAGACAAUAUUAUGAGCAAUUCUCCCUCUUCAGAUACUGACCCCUUACCCUUCAAAUCUGCCAUUGUGUUUGGAAAUAUUGUCACUUUCCAACCUCCAUAUCUUCUCCACAUUCUGUGGAACUGUUGUCACUUCCUAAAUUAAGGUUCACCUUUCCUGGAUCACUAUGAUUGAAUCCCUUCAGUCAGGUUUCUGUCACACCAUAUUAACUUGCAUCAAAGUUAUAAGUGAAAGACUGUAUGACUAUGGCAAUGUUAAAUUAUGCCCUGUCUUCUUUCUCAAUUUGUCGGUUGACUUACAUGUAAGUUGAUUGAACUGUCCUCUUCCAAUGAUUCUGCUGUAAGGUAGACUGGUAGGACUUCACCCACCUGGUUCCAAAUUUAUAUAUCUAGUUGCAGCCAGAAUAUCACAUUGGCUUUUUCUUUCCACUCACAAACCAUUACCUCUUGUGACCUGCAGGAAUCUAUCCUUGGCUCUCUCCUCAUUUUUUUCUACACAAGAUACCCUUUGCAACAUCAUGUGAAAAUAUAUUAGUUUCCAGAUGUAUUGAUGAUAUCCAGCUGUCCUCACCAGUACAUCUUCAAAUUCCACUAUGUCUCUAAAUUUUUGUCUGACAUCAAUACUGGAUGAACAGUAAAUUCCUCAAAUGUUGAAAUGAUUGCAGCCAUUUACUUUGGUCCAAUCAGUGACUUCAUUCCUUUGCCAAAGAUCCCAAUUUCUCCUUCAAGAGACUUAAUAUUAGUGUUAUAUUAGACCCCAAAGUGAGCUUCCAACUACAUAUUUACAUCAUUACUAAGAUAAUUUAUUUUCACUCAUCACUCAGGAGUUCACCUGCUGUUGAAACUCUUAUCCAUUCCUUUCUCAUCUGUAGAUUUGAUUAAUUCCCUUCUGCCUGGUGUGGUUCCUGUGUCUUAACUCACACCAAAUCCUGUUAUGACAUCAACCUUGCACUCACUGACCUACGCUGGUUCACUAUUAAGCAAGACGUUGACUUUAAAGUUCUUAUUCUUGGUUAAAUCCCUUCAUAGAUUUAUUCCUAUUUCUGUAAUCUUUUUCGACCUCACUACCUUCUGCAAUCUCUACCCACCUUUAAUUCUGGAUUUUAAAGUCCCAGACAUUAAUCAUUCCACCAUUUGUGGUUGAGAUUUUAAUUACCAAGAACCUAAGCUCUGGAAUUAACUCCCUCUUUCUCCCUCUAACUCUUUUCCUUCUUUAAGAUACAGCACUCCUUUAUUAUCUACCACUUUUUGACCAAGAAGCUUUUGGACAUUUGCCCAAAUAUAUUUUUAUGUUGCUUGAUGUUUCAGAGUGCCCUGUGAAAAACUUUGUGGUGAGAUAUUAAAGAUUCUGUGUCAAUAUAUAUGUUCUAUAAUUGUUUAAUUUAAAGGAUAAAAAUACAUUUUGUUUUAAAAUCAUGAGAGCCAUACUACCCUAGAUCAAGGUACAAAUGCAUGUUUACAUCUUUCCUUGCCUGCUGUUAAGACAGAAGAUAACAAAAAAGUCAAUAACUUUGGUUUAUAUGCAACUUGCCUUCAUUAUACUAAAAUCCUCCAGGGUGCUCACAAAUAAUGGCAAAAGAGACAGCAAUUAAGAAGUGGACGUAAGGACAGGAGGUUGUAGAUUUGAUAGAAAGAUAAAAAACCAGGGGCCAUAGAUUUAGGAUUGGGGCAGGACGUUUAGAUGGCACAUGAGGAAAACAGAGAGCGUUGAAAAUCUGGAACUCUCUGUUUGUGAAAGUGGUAGAGGGAGGUAUCUAAACUCACUGCAGAAGAAUUUAGAUGGACAAUGUCAAGACACACAAGGCUAUGGGCCGAGUGCUGGAAAAUAGAAUAGUUAAGUUCAUCCUGUCAAAAACAAGCCCCUAAGGACAGAAGACCGAAUCUGUACAGUAGACCUCUAUGAGGGUUUCAAACAGGAGAGAGCGAGAGAUCAAGCUGGACACGGUUUUGCAGGCAGUAAAUUUGUUAAAGCACCCUUUGUUACAAAUGUCAACGCUGCAAGGAAAAAGAAACUGGGUUUCUGCAACAUCUUCUCCCAUUUCUUCCCUUCGAUUCACGGCCUCCUUGACAACAGCGCUCCUUAGCAACCGUCCGAAACAAUAUGGCCGAUGACAAAGAAGCGGCAGAGGCAUUAAUAGCAGAGCUUCAGAAGAACAUCAAAGAUGCUUUUGCUGUUUUUGAUCAUGAGUCAAACAACUCUGUGGAUGUCAGGGAAAUUGGCACAAUAAUUAGAUCUCUGGGCUGUUGCCCAAGUGAAGGAGAACUUCAUGAACUGUUGGCAGAGGUGGAGGAAGAGGAACCCACGGGAUAUAUACAACUUGAUAAGUUCCUUCCUAUGAUGACUAGAGUGUUAUUAGAAAGGAAAUACAGACCCCAACCGGAAGACGUUAUUUUGCGAGCAUUUGAGGUGUUGGAUCAAACUAAAAAAGGAUAUCUUACCCAAGAGGAACUUACAAAAUAUUUGACUGAAGAAGGGGAGCCAUUUACACAAGAGGAGAUGGAAGAGAUGCUAUCAGCUGCUGUGGAUCCAGAAAAGAAUAUCAUCUUCUAUAAAGAUUUUGCGGCAGUGAUGACUAUUGAUGACACCUGACUACAUUAGGAGAAAUAUCUUCACAAAAAUUCAAAAGCAAACUGACUCAAACUUAGCAAGAUUUCAAAUAAGUGGAUUCAAGGCAUCUAUUUUAAAAUUGUAACUGUUCUACUUAGACAAAAAUAAACCCUAAUGCAUAAGGCAGUAAAAAAUAUGUCUAAAAUAUUUUAAAAUGUUUUUAUUAGGAGGAUUUAUCCUCACUUAUUACAGUGAAGUUAUUACAUUUUGUUGAUGGAUGUAUAAAUAUUCAUAUACAGCUGUAGUUCUUUAUGUCUGGAUAAAAUUGUAUGUCACAAUUUCAAAGUUGAGACUUCACAGCUCUCAAUAUCUUGAGGGUUGUUCACUUUAGUAUACUCCCAAGACCAGUCCUUUCCAUCCAGCACGUGAUCAAUGCAAAACUAGACAGACUGAUUGAAUGCAGCAAUUUGUCAGAAGAAUUUCUUUUUGGAGAUUUAUUGAGGUCAGUUAUUUGCUGUCUUCAAUAUAUCUCUGCAAAUUGUUCAGUUUUGCUCAAAAUUGCUUAAGGUUGCUCAGUGUAAACUUCAGAAAUAGCAUCUCAUCUAUAACUGGGAGCUUUGAAGCCCCACGGAAUUUAACAUUGCUUUAAACAACUUGAAACCUCAGCAUAACCUUCAUGUAUCUGGGCACGUUAACUGAAUAGUGAAUUAAUUAAUUUGAGAUUUUAACCUUCCACUCAUCUUCUUUUCUUUCUCUUUGCUUCAUUUUUUGUUCUUAUAUAUUUUCUUUGCUUUCGGAGGUUAAAAGCAUAGUUACAACUCCUCUAGAUCUUUGCUUCCAUGUACAUUAACAAUCCCUAUGGCCUUGGACUGUGAAACCUUUUAUUUAAAUCUUCCUCCCUUUCACGCUAUCAUCGAUUUUUUCUUUUGCUUUUCUUCCUACCCUUUUCCUUUUCACUUGCUUCAAACCUAUGAUAUCUCUAACUUUUUCCAGUUCUGAUGAAAAGUCUCAGAAAUGCUGGGCUAGAUUUUCACCCUGGAAAUGGCUUGCAGGAGUCAGUUAAUUUACCUGCUUGCCCCAUCCACCUCAGGAGAAAAGGUGCAAUUUUCUUUCUCUUGGGGCUGGGUGCAUGCUGGAGACAAAUCCUCCACCUUGGAAACAGUACAGAGACAGCCACAUGGAUUGGCACAUACCAAAGUGGGCUGUUUAAAAGGCCUUGGUGCUCAUGAACUUGGUCCCAGGUGUUCUAUUUAAUGUUGGACCCUCUAGGCCUCAACACCUGCAUUCCCCAAGCAUUGCUCCCACACCUCCCCCAUGACCCCUCAUGCUUUCCAUGCCAACCUAUGCUUUCCACUCUCCUCCAUGGCCACUUUAACAUGGAUUGAAGAUACACAGAAACUCUGGAAGUGGUGAUUACAAGGGUCACAUGGGAAGAGAGUGCUGGAGUGAUUGUAGUGUCCUUCUCUGACCGACCUCUGAUAGGCUAUCUAGACUUGUGAAAGCAGGCUUGGGGUCCCUGGCAAGAUAGAAACCUCCCAUUUGAGAGCCAUUUCGAUUUGCUAACUAGAGACUCAGCCAAAAUUCAUUUCUAAAAUCAGCGAAUGACCUGUUAAAAAUAAUAACAUAUUUUGCAUAUGAAUAUUUGUAAUGUUGAUAAUAUUAUUUCUCCUUAUUCCUCCAAUAUUCAUUAAUCAAUGUGUGAUAGUGCAGAGAAAGGGAUAUUUAUGCCAUAUUUGUGCCCAAAGUCGCUCAAACUUAGUCACAGUGAAGAAACAAAUAAAUUGAAUUAAUGUAGCACCUUUUGCAAUCACUGGAUGUGCCAAAGCAGUUUACAAUAAUUAAGUAAUUCAGAAGCGUGCUCAUUGUUGUAAUAUAGGACGCCUUGCAGCCAAUAUGCACACAGCAAACUUCCACAAACAGUAAUGUAAUAAUGACCAGAUAAUCUUUUAAAUAAUUCUUGUUGAAGAAUACGGUUAGCCAGGCUAUUGGCAAUAACUGCCCUGUUAUAGAGUCAUAGAGAUGUACAGCACAGAAACAGACUCUUCAUCCAUGAGACAGUGCCAUAUGAUCUUUUACACCCACCCAAGCAGCCAGAUAAGAUUUCAGUUUAAUAUCUUAUUGGAAAGACAUGGCCUCUGACAGUACAGCACUCUCAGUUCACAACUGCAGUAGCAGCCUUGAUCUUUGUGCCCACACCCUGCAGUGAGACUUGACCCUAGAGCCUUAUAAUGCAAAGGUGAUAGUGCCACAGCUGACAAUGACACAAUGUGAGCUUGAUGCAAAGGAAUCUUUUUCAUCAUAAAGGCAAAAUAUUGUGAUUAUUGGAAAUCUGAA